AUGUCGUUCCUGCCUGCCAUGAGUGUGGCGCUGCUGCUCCUGACUCACUUUUAUUCCCUUAACGCCAUGGCCACCCCGGGCACCCAGGCAUCCUCUCCAUCCUCCCCCUCCUCCUCCGGACCGGACUGCCCAUCCUGCGCCUUGGCACGGCUGCGGAGGAGUGGCGCAGAUGCACUGCAGGAGGAGGAGGCGCAGCAGGAUGUAGUAGAGGCAGUCAAGAGGCACAUCCUAAGCAUGCUGCACCUGCAGGAUCGACCCAACAUUACGCACCCAGUACCACGAGCAGCCCUGCUCAAUGCCAUCCGCAAGGUGCAUGUGGGCAAAGUAGCCAAGGAUGGCAGCGUGCUGAUUGACGACGAGCCUCACGGACGCCUUGAGGCAGAUAACUCAGAACAAACUGAGAUUAUCACCUUCGCAGAAGCUGGUGAAGCCCCUGGUCUAAUCAACUUUCUUAUCUCCAAAGAAGGUGAUGAGAUGUCCCAGGUGGAGCAGGCAAAUGUGUGGCUCUUUUUGCGUCUUCCAAAGGGCAACCGUACUCGCACAACCAUCAGCAUCUGCCUUCUUCUGCAGCUGCCUGAUGGCAAAGAAAAGCUAGUGGCUGAAAAGUCAGUGGAUACAAGACGCAGCGGCUGGCAUACCUUUAAUGUGGCUUCUAGCAUGCAGUCUCUGUUGGAACGUGGAAUUAGCGCUCUGAAUCUGCGUGUCUUGUGCCCACUGUGUGCUGAUGCCCGUGCCACUCCAGUCCUGGUGACCAGUGGAGGAGGAGGAGAGCGGGAGCAAUCUCAUCGACCAUUCCUGAUGGCUGUGGUUCGUCAAAGGGAGGAGAAUGGGACGAGGCGGCGCCGUAAGCGUGGCCUGGAGUGUGAUGGAAAGGUGCGAGUAUGCUGCAAGCGCCAGUUCUAUGUUAACUUCAAGGACAUUGGAUGGAACGACUGGAUCAUUGCACCCACUGGCUACCAUGCCAAUUAUUGUGAGGGUGAGUGCCCAAGUCAUGUAGCCAGCAUUACAGGAUCUGCACUGUCCUUCCACUCUACAGUCAUAAAUCACUAUCGAAUGCGAGGUUACAGCCCAUUUACCAGUAUCAGGUCAUGUUGUGUGCCCACACGUCUACGUGCCAUGUCUAUGCUCUACUAUAAUGAGGAGCAGAAGAUUGUAAAAAAAGACAUUCAAAAUAUGAUUGUGGAGGAGUGUGGCUGCUCGUAAGAUAGUAGAAAUAAUA